CCGGUGCUGAAGCUCGGCCGGCGCCGCCGCAGGAGCGCCGCGAGCCGCGCGAAAGGAGCUGGCGCCGCCUGGCCGGGUCCCCGUCGGCCCUCGCUCGCGCGCGGCCAUGGACUGAGCGCCAGCCGGCUGCGGGGAUGGGGCCGCUGCUCCCGCUGCUGCUGCUGCUGCUGCUGCCGCCGCCGCUGCCUCGCGCCUUGCCCGCCCCCGCGGCCGCCCGCGGCCCGCAGCUCCCGGGGCGCCUGGGUUGCUUAUUUGAGGAUGGCCUGUGUGGACCAGCAGAGGCCUGCGUAAACGAUGGCGUGUUCGGGAGAUGCCAGAAGGGUCCGGCGAUGGACGCACGCCGCUAUGACGUGUCACCCGGAGCCCUGCUGCACCUCAGGCUCACCUUACAGAAGCUGUCGCGCGCAGGUUUCGCGUGGCAGGAUGACUAUACCCAGCGCGUGAUGGCCCAGGAACUCGCUGACCUCCCCAGGGCUUCCCCAGGGCUCAGGGAAGCUUCCGGCCCAGCCAGGACCUUACAACAGAGUGCUGAUCAUGACAAGUGGUUCAGCCUGGAGAGCGAGGUGGCCCUGGCCAAGACCCUUCGGCGCUAUCUGUCCUAUCUGGAGCUUCUGUCCCAGGUCCCAGCAGCGAAUGCACAUCCCAGGACGGAACAUGAGACCCGCCCAGCAAAGGGUGAGGACUCUUUCCCUGAGAACAUCCUGACCUACGCAGCCCAUACGUCUGCACUGACCUACCCUCCUGCAACCCGGGUCAAGUAUCCCGACACCCUUCUGUGGCCCCCCAGCCGCCUCCAGCCCGAUGAGCUCAGCCCCAAGGUGGAUAGUGAGCUGGAAAAGCAGCAGCUGAUCGCAGCUCUUGGUGCCUAUGCUGCUCAGAGGCCUCCUGUAGAGAAUGGCCCGGAGCCACAGUACCUUCUACAUAGUCCCUCCAGAGCAUCGAGGCCCUUCUCAGCCCCUGCUGCAGCGCAGAGAUGGCCCUUGCCUCCUGCAGACUCCAGGGAGUCCCUGAGCAUGGGAGACGACACGCUCCUGCGGAGUCUCCUGAAGGAUCUGCAGCAGCAGGCUGAGGUGGAGCGCCUGGGCCCCCUGAGGUUGGAGGAGACGGCAGACUCAGUUGCUGGAGCCCUGCAAAGUGAUCCUGCAGCGGGAAGCCAGGAUAGCCGGGGGAGAGGGGCUGAGGCGCAGCCCAGAGGGCAGGCUGAUGCCCCAGAAGCAACGCCUGAAGAUCACAGACUAUCGGAAGUGGAUGACCCAGUGUAUGAGGAGGUCAGCCGUCUGAGUGUCCAACUUGGGGACCUCCUGAAGGACCGGGGCUCUCCUCUAUCGCCCGACCCUCCCCUUCUGGAAAAACCCUCCAGAGCAGAGGUGAAGAAGUCAGGGCUGCCCGAGGAGGCCUUGUCUUCAGAAGAAGAGACUGCUGGGGUGGAACACGUGAGGAGCCGGACUUACUCCAAAGACCUGCUGGAGAGGAAGCCAGACUCGGAGCCCCAGCCGUGGCGGCUUGAGGACCAGUUCCAACCCCGAGCUCCAGAGAUGUGGGAGGAUGAGCAGCACCUCAAGUCUGCAGCACAGGGACCCCCUAGUGGGGGUCUGCAGCUACAAGUCCAGCCUUCCGAGGAGGAGCAGCAAGGAUAUAUCCUCACGGGAAGCAACCCCCUGAGUCCAGAGAAGGGGAAGCAAUUGAUGGAUGAAGUUGCACACAUUCUCCAGGUGCCUUCCAGCCUCUUUUCAGAUGUCAAAGUUUUGGGACCAGCAGUGACCUUCAAAGUGAAUGCCAAUAGCCAAAACAUGACAACUGCAGAUGUCACCAAGGCUGCAGUUGACAAUAAAGACCAGCUGGAGAAGACAUCUGGACUGAUGAUCCUCCAAAGUGGAAUCAGGCCGAAAGGGAAGCUCAAGCUCCUGCCGCCCCAGGAAGAGCAAGAGGACUCCACCAAGUUCAUUGUGCUCACCUUCCUCUCCAUCGCCUGCAUCCUGGGGGUGCUCCUGGCUUCCAGCUUUGCCUACUGUCUCCGUCACAACUCGCACUAUAAGCUGAAGGAUAAGUUGUCUGGACUAGGAGGUGACCCCAGCGCAGAUGCCACUGAAGCCUACCAGGAGCUGUGCCGCCAGCGAAUGGCUGCUCGGCCCCAGGAUCGCUCCGAGGGACCCCACACAUCCCGAAUCAACAGCGUCUCAUCCCAGCUCAGCGAUGGGCCCAUGCCUAGUCCCUCGGCUCGGAGCAGCACUUCAUCCUGGUCUGAGGAGCCUGUCCAGUCUAACAUGGACAUCUCGACUGGUCACAUGAUCCUGGCCUACAUGGAAGACCACCUGAAGAACAAGAACCGGCUGGAGAAGGAGUGGGAGGCGCUGUGUGCCUACCAAGCCGAGCCCAACAGCUCCCUUGUGGCCCAGAGAGAGGAGAACGCAGCCAAGAACCGCUCCCUGGCCGUGCUGACCUAUGACCACUCGAGGAUCCUGCUGAAGUCUGAGAAUAGCCACAGCAGUUCAGACUACAUCAACGCCAGCCCCAUCAUGGACCAUGACCCGAGGAAGCCUGCGUACAUCGCCACCCAGGGCCCACUGCCCACCACCGUGGCUGACUUCUGGCAGAUGGUGUGGGAAAGCGGCUGUGCGGUCAUCGUCAUGCUGACACCCCUGUCUGAGAACGGCGUGCGGCAGUGCCACCACUACUGGCCUGACGAAGGCUCCAGCCUCUACCAUGUCUACGAGGUCAACCUAGUCUCUGAGCACAUAUGGUGCCAGGAUUUCCUGGUGAGAAGCUUUUACCUGAAGAACCUGCAAAGCAACGAGACUCGCACGGUGACCCAGUUCCACUUCCUGAGUUGGUAUGACCAGGGAGUCCCUUCCUCCACGCGGUCGCUCCUGGAUUUCCGAAGGAAAGUUAACAAGUGCUACCGAGGCCGCUCGUGCCCGAUAAUCGUUCACUGCAGUGAUGGCGCAGGCAGGAGCGGAACCUACGUCCUGAUUGACAUGGUUCUCAACAAGAUGGCCAAAGGUGCUAAAGAGAUUGAUAUCGCAGCGACCCUGGAGCACUUGAGGGACCAGAGACCAGGCAUGGUCCAGACAAAGGAGCAGUUUGAGUUUGCGCUGACAGCUGUGGCCGAGGAGGUGAAUGCCAUCCUGAAGGCCCUUCCGCAGUAGGCCCGGACGCCGGAGGCUGGCGCGACCACGACGGGAUGCCAUCUCUGCGCCUUCUGUGUAGCGCCGGGGUCCUUCGGCCCACAGCCAGGGCAGGGGGCUAGUUGUGUGUACUUUCACUUCACCAAAUCCCAGAUGUGUGCAAACAGCAGUUCAGAGGGGAGGAAAGUCUUGGCUCAUUUGUAUCACGGUCUUAACAAAACUUCCUUUUCCCUAAAGCACACUCUGACAUUGUCGCAUCGGUGACACAGUAAUUAGACGCCCACUGUGGCCUCCUUGGAAGUGCUUCUGUAUGUAAUUGCUGGAGAUGGGGUAGAGGGACAGACAGACACCAAGAGAGCAGCCUCUGGGAAAGACCAGGCCCUGAACCUCUGGGGCCAAUGACAAGGGUGGUGUCACGGGGAGCCACUCAUCCCUACUGACCAUGCCCAGCACAGCAGCUCACCCUCUGCACAUGUAGAUCCAAGGCAAGGAAAGGGCUUCCCAAGGCAGACACCAUAACCCUCCUGGCGUGUGCCGCCCCGUCCACCCCAGAGGCGAGGACCCGGGUGACGGCCUCGCCUUUGCAGAUCACAGAGGAGCCCAUCCUGAAAUGCUCCUGUAAUAGUGUGGUUCUGGUCUCUGCGUGGGACACCAGGCACCACGGCACGCUUUCCCCAAAGUGGCAAAACCAGGAUGAGUGUGGUACCUAGCGAGUUCCGAGGGUCCCCGGGAGCGAGAGUUCUGCACCCAGCAUCACCCGGGAAGCACCCCAAUAGGACUGGCGUCAGUCUCUGAUGCGCCUGCUCCUGGAAGAAGGCUGGCCAGCCCCUUCGGCCCCUCCCAGCAGCCUCCCGGCUCAUCAAACCCGUGGAACCUGUGCUCGCUGAGUGAUCCAGUUUGCACUGAGCACCUUCCCACACCUAGGAAAGCUCACUUCAGUGAGGUCGAGGCGCUAGUACCCAGAGAGGAGGAGGGCACGCUGCAAGCCCAGGCUGUCUGUGGGGCCGAGUGUGAAAAAGCCCAUCUCCUGUGUCCCCCAUCGCUCCCUCCCCUUGGCCUCGGCUUUCUGAGGUGUGGCGUCAAGGAGGUGGCUGCCCGGCAAGAGGCGAUGCCACAGUGUGUCAUGUUGUGUUGUUGUGCACCUGCUUAACAUCUCCGACAUCUCCCCUCCAAGUCAUUCCCCCAUCUGGAAUCAAAAUAAUAAUUAAUAGAAAUGAAUUUAUCUGAAUAUAGGAAGCAUAUACCUAAUUGUAACUUCUCCUGUUUAAAGGGAAUCCUCAGCGUGAUAUACAGAUAUAUUUAAUUGUGUCAUAUUAAACCUUCUGAUUUCA